AGAAGCGUCCUGCGUUGCCAUGGAAACGGGGCCCAGCGGAGGUCCUGGCGGCCCAGAGGAGUCCCACGAAGUUUGCUCCCCGGGACUACUGGUGUUCGCCGGCUCCUUGGAACAGGAUGUCAACCUAGCUAAGCAGUUCUGGAUCUCGGCGUCCAUGUAUCCCACUAACGAGAGUCAGCUGGUGCUGUGCGGAAGCAGCAGUCAGCGGCUGCCCGUGACAGGGACCUCUAAGAGCAAUGUGUCUGAUAAAAAUCAACCCCAGUCUUUUCGCCUUGAGGAUGGCAAGGAAAAAGAUUUCAUUGCUGAAGUCAUAAAGAUUCAGAAAUCUGAGGAGAAAGAAAAGUAUCUUCAAAAGGCUAAAACGAGAGAAGAGAUUCUCCAACUCUUAAGAAAACAAAGAGAAGAAAGGAUCUCGGUGAGCCCAAUAAAAGAACUAAUUUCUCUUCCUUAUAAACCAAAGGCCAAAGUACCCAAAGCAAAGAAAGUGAUAUUAGAGUCAGAUAAAGAGGAACAAGAAGAAGUGAAAGCCUUGAACUAAUUUGCUUGACACAUGGUAGAAGAUGGUUCACUAAUAUCUUCAUUUGUGAAACAACCUACUCAUACAUCAGGACCAUGGGAUCACUGAAACAUUUAAAA